CUAUAGCGAUGAGGCUACAAGCAUCAAAUGUAGUCUCAUUCAUUUAAAAGCGUAGGUUUGGGAAGAUGUGUCCAUAACUGACCCCAAAAUAGCCUAUUGCUGAGUCUUCCAACCGCCUAACAAACCUAUAACCGAAAGUAAUCAUUGUAUGACGUAUAUUUUAUUUGUCUAUAGCAGGUUACAGACUACAUUCAUUUGCAAGCGUAGUUUUGGAAAGGUGUGUCCUUAACUGACCCAAUAGUAUGGGUCUUCCAACCGCUUAACAAACCUAGAAGUAUAGUCAUAGGCUAUUGUAGUAUUUUAUUUGUCUAUAGCAGGCUACUUUGGCUGCAGUUAUGUAGCCUAUGUUUAGGUUCGGAUAUUAGUCCUCAGACUGCAAAGAUCCGCAGGGGAUCUGUGUUUCAGUGAAUGGCUUGGGAUUAUGGAGGAUGUAGAAGAAAAUGAAGAUGUUCUCGCAGUGCUGGACCAGGAGGCUGUGGAGUUGGUGGACCUUCUCCGCUCUCAGGCACCCGCUGUUCUGGACACGUUAUAUGGUAUGAUAGACCACCGAACGAGGUGGCGACUGGAGAGACUUGACUUGUUGGGGCGCUUGGCUGAAAUGAUUAAGUACUUCAGAGCCUCCGGCCCCGCGCGCUGCAGCCAGUUUUUGGAGACGUUGUGUAUGGAAUGUGAGAACAUCCCCAUGCGUCUGGAAUCUCGCCUCGUGUCUGUGGCCGGGACAACGAGUAUACCAAUGGAGACUGUUGACUGCACUUCUCACAUUGUGGGGGAAGACAACUCACUGUCUCACUCUCACACACUAGAGGGCCAUGGAAAACGCCAGUGCAUAGACCAUGUGGGGUGCUACAGCGCAGCAAUACGGAAGAUGCUGCAGCAGAGGUGGGAGAGGGCGGUGCAGAACGUGCUGACCGAGGUCUCUCUGGAUGAGACCUGGGUUUCCCUGCGCCAUGGCAACCCCGGCAAGCCUCGGGACAGACCAGACCGAACCCCAACCGCAGACAGAAUGGACAGAACAACAGAUAUACUGGAGGUUGAGGAGGGGAUCAUGGAGGACAGGGUGUCAGUUGCUUCAUUUCUGGAACGUUCUGUUGGUAAGGUGGUGGUACUGCUGGGCCCAGCAGGCUCGGGGAAGACCCUCCAGAUGUCGUGUGUGGGCCAGCGCUGGGCCCAGGGUCUCCUCCCCUCCUACUCCCUCCUGGUGCUGCUGGAGUUCAGACAGCUGAACCUGCUGACCAGCCCUCUGUCACUGGCUGACCUGCUGCUGCAAUGCUUCCUCCAGCCAGAGGGGGGCGACCCUGAGGCCAGUGCUGUACUAGACUUCAUCUCGGACAAUCCAGAGAGGACCUGCUGGAUUCUGGACGGCUACGAUGAGUUCCACUCCAAGAUUCAACUGGGGGAGGAGAGGGGCAGCCAGAAGAGGGGCAGUCAGGAGAGGGGCAGCCAGGAGGGGGCGUUGGGGGGAGAGAUGGAGGAGAUGGGUGGGGGUCUGAACCUCUGGAGCCCUCUACCCGUGGCGAGGCUAGUGGCUGGGCUCUGUAGCCGCAGGGUACUCCCAGGAUGCACUUUGCUGCUAACCUGUCGUCCACGGGACCUUGGGGACCUGGAGGAGGCUGCGGACUGCGUGGGCGAGCUGCUGGGGUUCGACCGGUGCCGUGUCAAGGAAUACGCAGCAAAGUACUUCCAGGUCAGAGGUCAGGGUCAGGGCGAGGAGGCACUGAAGAUGCUCCUGACUAACAGCCACCUCCUCGGCCUCUCCUACCUCCCCUCCCUCUGCCAUAUCUGCUGUGUUUACCUGGAACACAUGCUCUGCCCUCAGGCCUCUCGUAUGCCCCCUCCCCAGGUUCACCCCUCUCCCCAGGACCGCCCCCGGCCUCAGCCACCCCAAUCCCACCAAACCCCCAAGCUCGCUUCCACUCUCACCCAGAUCUACCUCACUGUCCUCUGGGCACUCCUCUGCCAACGCCCUGGCAGGACCCCUCCCCCGGCCCCGUUGCACUGGUCUGGGGGACCGCCGGCCCUACAUGUCUACAGGUCAGAGGUCAGGGAGCUGGGGCACCUGGCCAUGCAGGGGCUGGACAAGGGCAAAAUCCUCUUCCUGUCUGAUGAACUUAGUCCAAAACUUCUGGACCUUGGCUUAAGGACUGGACUUCUCUCACAGGUGGAGGUGACUCUGCAGAACGUUUCCAGGGGGAAGGGCUUCACCUUCACCCACCUGACCCUGCAGGAGUUCCUGUGUGCCCUCCACAUCAUGACCAGCGACAAGGUCAACGAGACCCAGCUGAAGAGGAAGUUCAACCUCAGAAGCCGCUGGACCACCAGAGCUGACCCCAAGACUGUCUUCACCGACUCCCUGCACCUGUACAUGUGUGGGCUGGCUUCACCUGCCUGCACCCAUACUCUGGUCAGACUGGCAGAGAAGGCUGGGGCUCGGGGGAGAACUCUGUCUGGGUCUGGUUUUGGUGCUGAGACCUGCGUGAAAAAGCACCAGGCAGUGGUCCUAAAGCUGCUGAAGAGUCUUGCGGGCAACCCCAGUCUGACUGGACCCAAGGUGGUGGAGUUGUACCGCUGUGUGCAGGAGACCCAGAAUGUAGAGCUGGUGAGGGAGGUCGUGGGGUCACGACCCUGCAUGGAGCUGAGAAACAUCCGCCUGAACCCUGUCGACUUGGACGCCAUCGCUUUUGUGGUGGCGUCCGCGGGAGUGGACUUCGACCUUGACUUUGGAGCAUGCUCAAUGGACCUGGAGUGUCUGGAUAUUCUACCCAGCUGUAAACACCUGCACCAUCUCACGUUUCGGGGCAGGAAGUACGAUGACCGGUUUGCAGAUAAGCUGUCCUCCAUCCUGCCCAAGCUGCCCACACUCAGGAAGCUAGAGUUUACGAGUGCCAACCUGACUGAUGUAGGAGCUGCCAGACUGAGCAAAGCUCUGGAGGAAUGCCCAAAUAUCACUGACAUCAAUUUGAGUGACAACAGUCUGUCAGAUGAUGGGAUCAGGGAGGUGGCUGAGGUCUUCUCCAGACUGCCCAACCUGGCCUCUGUCAUGCUGGGGGGUAAGAACAGCUGCUCUUUGGGAAGCGUCCUUGCGGUUCUAGAGAAGACCAGUUCCUCUGCCAACCUCGAAAGCAUUUAUGCAGAUGGUAAGAAGGAGAUCAAGGUCGUGUUCUCCCUGAAGUCAAGCAUCAGCAGCCAUAAUGACACACCUGGACUCACCAUCAGACUGCUGAACCAGAAGAUGACCGGGCAGCAGGUCUUAAGACUGUGUGAGCUCCUGGCCAGCUUCCCUACCCUCUCCGUCCUGGAUCUGUCAGGUGGUCUGUGGGAGGAGAACAGUCUGCAGGCCCUGACUGGAGCUCUGCAGCAGCUGUCCAUCACACAGAGUCUCCUUCUGAACGACAGCUCACUGUCUGUGGACGAACUGCUGGCCAUGACCUCACUGCUGUCCCAGUGUCCCAAUGUGGUGACGAUAGACAUCAGGCUACCAGUCCAUGUGUCCGUGGAGUUCUCUGGAAGCAGACAGACACACAACCCUGGAGAUGAGACAGAAGCCACAGGUGUGGUGGUGGGCAGGAAACUCCGCAUGCAGGGCUGUGGCCUCCUCCCCUCUCACCUGGAGUGCCUGACUGACAGUCUGGUGCGAUGCUCUGACCUCGCGCUGCUGGAUCUUUCUCGUAACUCCCUAGGUACCAAAGGUCUACGGGUGCUCCUGGAUCUCCUUCCUCAGCUCAGCACCAUACAGCAGAUACACCUCGGUGAGAAUGACGUGAGCAUGGAGGGUGUAUCCCUGCUGGCUGGGGCCCUCUGCUCACAAAGAAACCUGUCUGAAGUCUGUGUCAGUGAUGGAGGGAAGAAGAUUGUGCUCCUGAAGUUUCUCCCCAGUACAGGACAACAGCCCUCAGACCCCAGGAGCUCAGGUGGUCUGGACCAGGGGAAGAAACUCGGGGUGAUCUCCAGUGCUCUGAAGGCUUCAGAUGUGACCAACCUUUGCAGGAAGCUACUGCAUUGUCCCAGCCCCCUGGAGAUAGAUUUGUCUCACACGUCUCUGAAGGAUGAGGCUGUAGGCUCGCUGCGGACGUUCCUGCCCCGGAUGACAACCCUACACACGCUCAAUCUCAGCCACGCCCACAUGUCCAUCAAUGGAGCGCUGCUAUUGGUCAGCUGUCUGGGAGACUGCCAGCGGGUCAGAGAGGUGGAUCUCAGGUGUCAGGGAGAGUCCUUCAUCCGGCUGGGCGAGAAGACAGACAGAUGUUCCUGCAGGUUAUCUCAGUACUCUCUGAGCUGUGCCAACGUGAAAAAGCUGUCUGGCAUCUUGCAACAAUGCCCCAACCUGUCUGACUUGGAUUUAUCCAGUAACCUACUCAUGGAUGAGGGCGUGAAGACGUUUGUGGAAUAUCUUCCGAAGUUGCGGAUUGCCAGCUCUGUCAGCCUGAAUGAUAACAGACUGAGCAAGCAAGGUGCACUCCAUCUGGUCAGUGCCAUCCUCAGCUGUGCCCGGGUUUCCUUGGUAGAACUCAGUUUGGGGUCUGAAGAGAGAUUGUUAAUCCGCUUUCAACCAGACAACCACUGUGGUCAAACUUUGAGUCUGAACGCCUGCAGCUUCCAGGCAGGCCAGCUCAGCAGACUCGCCAAGAUCCUGUGCAGCUGUGCCUCGCUUGAGAAACUAGAGCUGAGGGACAAUGGUCUGGGUAUGCAGCAGGUGAUGGGUCUGGUGGAACAGCUGAGUUGUGACCACAGACAGCGCUCCGUAAGUGUUAAGGAGCACUGGGUCGGUGCACAGACCGCUGUUGAGCUGGUGUCAUCCUGCCUGGAGCUGAACCCCAACAUACACAUCCUCAGGGUGAACCACUCCACACUCCACAUCACCCUGGAGGACAAGACAGAGUUCUACCGGUCCAGCAGAGGGUCUUCUGGCUGUUUGCCUGUGGUCAAAAUCAGCCUGGUUGACAGUGCAGAGUCAAGGCUCCACCUAGAGGCCAUGAGCAGCGUUCUCCAGAGGUGUGCUUUCCUGCAGGAUCUGCUUCUGUCUGGCUGCAGCCUGGGUAGAGAGGGGGUAAAGGUGCUCUGCUCCGCCAUGCCCUUCCUGGCCCGUCUCACUACACUCAGUCUGGACUCUAAAGAAAUGUGUGAGGAUGUGGUGAUUCUCCUGGCUGAGGGGCUACUGCACACCAAGACCUUACACAACCUGAAGCUGACUGGUCAUGUGAUCUCAGACAUAGGAGUUGAGGCCCUGGUCCGGGCCCUCAGGGGCCUGCCUGCUCUGACAUCAGUGGAUCUUUCUCUGUGUUCUGGUUGGACGGCCGCAGGGGGGGUGGAGCUUAUGAGCGGACUGGGACAGUGUGUCUUCCUACAGCAUAUCAGCCUGGACUUUGUCUCUCUGGAUGAGCAGAGCCUCUCCCGCCUGGCCCAGGGUCUCCCUCACCUCUCCUCUCUCAGGACGCUCAAUCUGAACAAUGUGAUGGUGAGGAGCUCAUCAGAAGACCAGGCUGUUGUGCUCCUCUUGGCCUCUCUGAAGGGACUCACAUACCUCGAGGAGAUAGAGUUGGACUGUUUGAGGAUGGGUGAUGGAGGAGUGGAGGAGCUGACCAGACAUGUGACCGCCUGGGCUCAGCUGAGAAAACUCAGGCUGUCCCAGAACCUUGUUAGUGACCAGGCAGGGGACAAGCUGCUCCAAGCUCUGUCUUCCUGUUCACACCUCCAGGAAUUGCAAUUGUCCAGGAACAGCCUCGGUGUGGCUAGUGCUGCAAGGAUAGCCCAGGUUCUACCCUCCCUUACGCACAUUACAGUUCUAGAUCUGUCAGAGAACAAGUUUGGUGCUGAGGGAUCUGCCAGCCUUUCCAAAGCCCUGGUCUCCAUGAAGAGCCUGGUCAAGCUACACCUGACCUCCAUAGGAACCCCAGACCUCGCUAGCCUGGCUGCCAGCCUGGAUCACUGUGUUUCUGUACAGGAUGUGAGUUUGGCAUGGAAUGGUUGUCAGGACGACGUCGCUGUAGAGCUAGCCAAUGUUCUGCCUAGGUGUCUGAAGCUACAGAGAUUGGACCUCGAGGCAAAUGACAUCAGCAUUGCUGGAGCAGAGACUCUGGUCAGAAGCUUGAAAUCCUGCCCCUCUCUCCAGCUGCUCAGGUUGUGGAAGAACAGGAUUUCUCAAAGUGACGCUUGUAGGCUCACACAGAAGGACCAAAGAGUGAACUUCUCAUCAACAUGAGAGCCUGUCUGUCUGUUAGCCUUUCUGUCUGUCUGUUAGCCUUUCCAUCUGCCUGUCUGUUAGCCUGUCUGUCUGCCUGUCUGUUAGCCUGUCUGUAUGUAUGUAUGUAUGUAUGUAUGUAUGUAUGUAAUUACACCUGUAUGUAUAUUUGUUUGUAUGUAUGUCUGUAUGCACUGGCAAAUCCAAGGAGUUGCAAAGGGGUCAGGAUACGCUCUGGAUAAGAGCGUCUGCUAAAUGACUAAAUGUAAAUGCAAAGGGUGUCAGCUUCCACCCCAGCAAAAAAAGACUUGCCACCCCAAUCUCCCCAUGCUAAAAUAUAUAUAUAUAUUUUUUUUACAUUGGAACAUUUCAUAAACAAAACAAUAUUAUUGUGUAGCGGGGUUUGCUCGUUUAAGAUUAGCAAUACUUAAUUUAUAAUAAAGUAUGUAGUUCUUGGGGGCACCACCUCUUAUUUGUUGAAGGGACAGAGGAAACCUUAUUGAAUAAUAUUGAAUAAUAGCCUUCGUAAUAAUCAAUCUAAUCUUAAGUAGUAAAUUUCUAUGAAAGUAGAGCAGAUCAGAUAACGUGAGGGAUAACGCGAGUAUUAUAAACAAUUAUUUAUUUAAGGAAAUGUAAUUAUAAUGAACAAAUACCAGAGAAGUUAUAGGUUAGUUGAAAGUGAGUUGAGUUGAACUGUAUACAGUAGGUCCUAAACUAUGAUGAGGGUUGGUACAAGAUGGUAGGUUGAGAGCGCGUGGGGAGGGGGAAGGGAGAGAGAGAGAGAUAGGCUUCUGGAGAACAAUGGGAGAGUAUGUUAUAAAUCCUUUAUAAUUCAGAGUUUCUAGAGUAAGGGAGGUUGAGAAAGGUGGGCCGUUGGCUGGCUCUUCCCCCCCUUGGAGAGGGGAACACCAGGUAUGGCAUCAGCCCCUUUGAGGCUUAUCCAGAAGAUAGUAGCAUUGUAUGAGACAUCAUAUAAUGCAAUCAGUCAUCCUGGUGGUCAGUACUGUGUCUUACUGAGUGGAUCAGAAAUGGUUGUGUUGGCGGUUUGACUCUCUGCUACAAUUGGCCUUAUUUAAACUAUAAUGUUAUAAUAAUUUAUGGUGGCAUCGGGUCACACUGUCCCUCUACGCCUGUAUGCCACCAUACAACUACCUCCUGCCACCCCAGGUGAAAAUGUCUAGAUCUGUCUGUCUGUAGGUACUGUAUUAACUGUGUGUAGAACUCUACUGACUACUGUAGAACAGCAAUGGCAGACAAACUUGCACUUUUUUAUCAGUGUUUUGAAGCACUGCAUGUUGCCUGUUUUUUUCUCAUGUUUUUCUCAGUGUUUUGAAGCACUGCAUGUUGCCUGUUUUUUUCUCAUGUUCUUGGUCCACGGAUGCCACAUUCUUAGAAACAAACAAGAUUUCCAUAACGUCACAGUGAAUUAGGCCAGGAGGAAGCAUUAUAUUCUGUCUUGUUUAUUCUUUUACUUCAUAUUUUUAUAUUUACUAUUGUUUCUCCCCUUCCCUUUCUGUCUCUCUCUCUCCUCCUGGCCUGGCAAGUAUGUCUGUGGUCUCUAUCCUAUUCUUGUAUCUGUGUCUGACUAAAUGGGAUUAAAAAGGCUAUUUGUUUUAUUUAAGUAAUAUUUAAGGUGGAGGUGCCAAGUCUACAAGGCCAGAAUAAGUCUUGAGGAAGAAGCUUUAUUACGAAUUUCUAGGCGGAAGACAAAGAUUCACACGUAUUUAUUACAACUGCUUUGAGCUUAACUUGAGUUUGUCCUAGAAUGUGAAUUGAAAAAAGUAAUGUUGAGUUUUGUUUGUUCUGACAUGCACUGAAAUCUGAAUAAACCUUUUGCUCUAAUUUUA